AUAGACUCGGUAAUAAUGACUGAUAAUAAACUUUUACCAAAAUUAUCACAAAAUUUACUUGAAAUUUUAGAUGAUGAAGAAUAUUAUGAUAUUACGAUUGAAGUUGGCAAUGACCCUAACGUAAAAGUAUUUCGCGCUCAUAUGGUUAUUUUAAAUUAUCGUUCUCCUUAUUUGCGAAGAAUUUUGUCAACUAAUAAAAAGAAAAAUGAUGAAACUUUGACAAGCAUCAAAUUACCAAAUAUUUCUUUUGAAGAAUGUGAUAUUUCUGAU